UUGAUUACACAGAAGACAGCAGCAAAAAAAAGCUAUACUUAUUGAAUUGCACAAACUCAACUUUAUAAUCAUCCACAUCCUAUUGCAAAGAUGCCUUUAAAAGCAGACACCAAGUGGAAGGAGAUGAGAGAGCUUUAAAAUUAUACAUUGAAAAUGGAGGAUGAUGGGCAGGAGGAAAGGCAGCCGUCAGGCUGCUGCUUCAUGGGGGCUCUGAGGUCUUUGGUGGCCACUGUCAGGGACAGUAUAAGGAGGAGACGAGUACGACAGCGCCAGAAGAAUUACCGCAUUGCUAAGAUGCAUGUGGAGGAGGAGGAGGCAGGGGCGGAGAAGCCAAAGGGCACGAAAAGAAAGAAAUGGCUCAUCAACCGAUUCAGGAGGAGGCCGAAGGACAGACAGGCAGCAGCGGCUGGAAAGACUGCACCGAAAUCAAGCCCAGAAAAAGCCAUCAAGGCCCCUCAGGCCACUGAGGCUAUUGAGGAGAAGGAGGAAGUGGUGCCCGAGGCCCCGGCUGGGGCUGCAGGUCUACAGGAUGACGAGGCAUCUCCUACGGCUACUGAUCAUGCCGCUGAUGAUGCUGAUCAUGCCGCUGAUGACGCUGAUCAUGCUGAUCAUGCUGCUGCUGAUGAUGAGGGUGAUGUUCAGCUGAAGGGGAAGAUUGUGCACAUCCCAGGAAAAGGUGCAGGACCAAGGCUGACAGCAGUUUCUAAGUGUGCGGACCUCUCACCCCGAAACUACGAUGAUGAUGGUGAUGCCAAAUCCGCUGAGGAGGCCAGGAGAUGCUGUGAGGAUGUUGUCCAGGCUACCCUUCUGGACCAAAGAGCCGACUGUUGUAACACCAUGCCACCAUCCUGCUACGACUACCUCAUGGGUUAUGACACACCAGAGGGACUGACAACACUGAGACACAUCAUGGAGACGGACGAGUCAGAGGCGUGGGAUCUAUUUGUGCUGCUCAGCCUCACAGUCACUUUAGGAAUAAUAACCUUUUACUUUUUUGUUUCCCUUUUUAAAAUCAUAACCGAAGAUGUGUAAUGCAAGACUGACAUGGACUGGAUGUGUGCGUGGGGGAAACAUACCGUGAGUGUGGAGGAAAACUUCACAAUGAGAAAUAGUCAACUCCAAAAGGAAGAAAAGGGGAUUACAACUUCUGAAUGAAUCCAACUUUAACUUUAACAAACAACAGACCAACUUUCCAACUAUAAACAUUUCUUUAAAAUAAAGUCUCCAAAAUACA